CACACACACACCACACACACAUACACUGGUAAAUGGUAAAAACGUAUACGCGUAUGUGAACUACAACAGCCAAGAAAUGUGUCUGAUCUGAAUUGGAGUGUGUUAUAAAUGUAACGUACAGCAGAUUCUUUUUUUGUUUGUUUUGAGAAUUAACACAAAAAGGAAUUAAAAUACCUGUUUAUCAGUAGUAGAGCACAUACUUGAAUGUGCAUAAGGCCCUGGGUGUGAUCCCUACCACCGCAUUUUAAAGAAAAAAUAUUUUGGACAGGGUCUGUCAGCGAACCUGAAACGUACCAGUCAAUCUAGACUGCCUGACCAGUGAACUCCAAAGACUGACCCGUCUCUCCCUUCCCUUCCCGUUGCUGGAAUUCCAGAAAGUAUUUGCUGGCCUCCUGUCCUGGAACAAAAGCUGGACUUUCCAGGCUGCAGUUAAGUGAGUAAAGCAAGUUGCUAUAGAGUGACAAGAAAAGAAAUUCACAGGCUGAAAGAAGAGAAAGCAUCUUGGACAUUUUGUGACAGAAGAGAAUAUCUCGCAAGGUGCUUGUCAGCUGUGAAAAUGUCUGACAAGAACCAGAUCAUUGCCAGGGCUUCCUUGAUUGAGCAACUGGUGUCUAAAAGGUAUUUUGAGGAUAUUGGUAAACAGCUUGCUGAGCUAGAAAUGAUUUAUGUGUCUAAGGAGCAUCUGCAGGAGACAGAUGUAGUAAGAGCUGUUUACAGAGUCCUCAAAAACUGCCCAUCAGUGGCUUUAAAAAAGAAGGCCAAGUGUCUGCUGGCAAAGUGGAGAGGUUUCUAUAAGAGUACACACUUCAAAACAAGGGAAAGCCUUAAAGUCUUCCAUGCAACUGUUAAUAAAGAAGAAAGUGUAAUGGUUUCUCAGGGUGUAAGCCAGGAUGAACCAUCAGGCUUUAGCCAUAAUGAGAUACUGGGUCUCUGCAGUUCCCUCUCUAGACUGUCACCCGAAGAUGCUGCAAAGCCCGUUGCAGCAAUUGGGUCUGGAAGUAGCACUGUUCAGAUGGAAAUUAAUGAGGGAUAUUUGGAGGGUGAUGACUCUGAAUCUACUACCAAGAGCUCAGGUUUCUUACAAGAUCCCUUAGUGUCUGUGAGAUCUAAGUGCAUAGAACUUCUUUACACAGCAUUAGCUAGUUCUUGCACAGAUCGCACAAAAGUUCACGUAUGGCAGAAUUUAGCAAGAGAAAUUGAAGAGCACAUUUUUAUUAUUCAUUCAAACAAUAUCAAAAAAUAUAAAACUAGUAUUCGAAGCAAAGUUGCCAAUUUGAACAACCCCAGAAAUUCUCAUUUACAACAAAACUUGCUCUCUGGAACCAUGUCAGCAAGGGAAUUUGCUGAAAUGACUUUCCUGGACAUGGCAAACCAGGAACUGAAGCAGUUGAGAGCUUUCUACACAGAAUCCAGUAUUCAGGAACAUCACCUUCCCCAAACAGUUGAUGGCACACAGACAAAUAAAAUUAAGUGUAGGCGCUGUGAUAAGUAUAACUGCAAGGUCACUGUAAUUGCCAGAGGAACACUUUUCCUUCCAAGUUGGGUGCAGAAUUCAAACCCAGAUGAGCAAAUGUCCUAUGUCAUUUGUAAUGAAUGUGGAGAGCAGUGGUACCAUAACAACUGGGUAUGCUUGUGAUUUGUAAAUAAUCCUUUCAAGGGCAUAUGUUUUAUAUGUAUGACCUAAACUUGUGCUCAUUUUUGUCAUUGUUGUGUUUACAAAAAUCUUAAUUUUAUUUUUGCCUUUGGGAUUUUGGUUCAUGAAGGAUGUCAGUAUGUAGCCAAAGGUGGUGGCCGAGUCUCAUUAGUGCUUGCAUUACAGGUAUACAACACCACACCUGGCUUUAUAUACUGUUCAUGCUACAGGCCUAAGAGUAAGGAAAGAGAGUUGUUUGCCAAAGUGUCAGCCGGAGAAGGCUAUCACAUUGUACUUUGUGGCCACUUAGUACUUUACUCAGAGUGGCACUGUAGCUCCACACAGCCUGAGAACAUGUUAGAGAUGAAGACUCUUGCCUGAUGCCCCUUGAGUCCUGAUCUGAAUUUCAACAGAAUCCCCAGGUAUUCUCUGGGAUACUUUGAGAAUCACUGACAUAGCAGCAGGCCUGCAGUUCUCAGGAUUAGAAUUUUCUGGAGAGCAUUGAAAUGUACUGGUGCCAAGGGCCAAGCCUAGUACAAUUCAUUAUGAACCUAUGGCUUGGACCCAGUAAUCAACACUGCUCUGGUCAUUUCUUGGUUCAUUUUAAGUUGCAGUUAGAAUUAGGAACUACCUGUAAAAUAGUCUCUCAUUUGAGCCUUUCCAUAGUUCUAAGAAAUUAGUGUUAUUCUGGAGACUUUACAGAUGAGGAAAAAGGCCCACUUGCCCAGGUUGCACAAUUGUAUGUAGUCUGCCCUCACACUGAUCCCAGAUUUUCCAGCUUACUUCUGAAGCAGGUGUGAUGCAGAUGCUUGCUAUACAAAUGCUAGGGAGAAUGAGGCAGGGCCAGUUUGAUUUGCAAAGUUCCUGUCUCAAAACUGGUAAAAGGACAUUUUCAAGCCUCUAAUUCUAGAAAUGGGAAUGCUAAGGUAGAAUCCCAUAUUUGAGGGCAGCAUGGGUUAUAUAGAGAAACCCAAAAAGAUUCAAUCUGAGAAUGGCUUAAUGACUUUGUAAGAAGCAUACUCUUGGAAAUGGGUACUAAGCAAAGAGUGUUUGGGACCUCUAAGCUUAUGUGACUCAAGUUUUAUUCUUUUGUCUUUAAUUUUCUCAUUUUUCAAGUCUCUUUUGACUGGUGAAAAAUUGCACUGUAAAUUCGAAUAUGGCUCAGAGCCUGCUUCCUUAGUUGAAUGACCUGUGCAUUUUUUUGAGCACAUCAUCAAGUGUGAUAUAUUGAUGUUAGGAAUCUGUAUUCCUUCAAAGGCAUGUGUAUUAGGUUUGAAAUUCAAAUUCUGCUCAUGUGAAAAUGGCACUAAUUGUUAGAGGAAGUUCAUUCCUUCAGUCUCAACGUUUAUUUACAUACUAACUGAAGAGGAAAUCACUCCUCUUAGGCCUUUGCAAACAGUGUUUACGGAUUUGUGUGCUUAUUCACAAGCCUUUUUUAUGUGAUUAUGACUAAUUUUUGCCUUAAAAGUAAUACAGUGUCAUUCAGGGUUUUGAUGUCUUUUUACCAUGUAAAACAGUUUUAUACAUAAUCCGCACAAAACCUUGCCUAUAUGUACUCCUUUUACAGUUGAUCAGGUGAUGAGAUAGACAUUUUCUCUUUUGUUUUUUGACAACGAUAUGUGAAGAGUUUCUAUUUCUAUAAGACUAACUUCACGCUGUAGCCUAAGUUGGGUUCACACUCAUGCCAGCUGGCCUUAACCUCCAGAGUGCUGUAAUUGGCAGUGUAAGCCAAUUCAUUGAUUUUUAUCAUAUCAAAGAGUUUAUUUCUUAGUUUCAUAUAAACUCACAUUUUUGCUAGUUAUUAUUCUCUAUCUCUCCAGUAUUCCUUUGAUGGGAUCUGUAAGCUUUUCUUUAUAUAGAUUUUUACCUCCAUAUGACAGUUCCCCAAUGGGUGCAUGAAACUAGCAAACAUUUCUGUUUCAGAUUUUUUGAAGAAAUCAGCUUGAAGCUGUCAAGUCUAAAUUUUAUUUUGUUGUAUUUUCUCUUCUAUGGCAUUCCAGUGCUAUUCACCAUGAUACAAUAUGUUAAUCCUUUAAAGAGUAACUUACAAAGUCAUCAAAACUCAAAAGUUUUACAAAAUGUGGUUUCAUGUAACUUGGAAUGAUCUUAAAACUUGGACAGUGGUUGUGAAAGAGCAUACACAGCAUAUGGAAUCCUUGUUUAAUUUUUCAAAUCAGUUUGAUGUUUGGAUUUUCUAUGUAACUAUGUAUGGUUCUUUAUAUUGAGAUUUUGUAAGCUACAUUUACCAAAAAUAAAAGCAUUUGAA